AUGAGCUCUUCUGUGCCGCAAUGGCUGACCCGCGCGCGCGAUGACCCGCAACACAUCCCGCACGUCCUCCAGGUCCUCGCAGACCGCGAACGCGCCCGCAUCCAAGCACGCCGCGCAUCCAAGGAGCGCCCCAUCCAGCUCCGCAGCCGGCUUGCGUCCAUUCCUCCGACUAUAUUCGCACACACCUCCCAGCACUCGGAUCGGUAUUCGGUAGUCAACGCCAGCCGGCCCGAGAACACGUUCUCGAACCGGUACAUGGACAUCGAGCCGUACGAUCGCACAGCCGCGAAACCCAAUGGGAGGUAUUUUAAUGGGAACUGGGUGCGGGAGAGGCUGGGAGGGGCCUGGUGGAUAGCGACGCAGGCGCCGCUGCCCGAGACGUCCCAUGACUUUCUCUCCUUCGUCGCAGGCCUGGAACCCGUCACCUCCUCCGGCCGCAAGACACGCGUGCGCACCGUCGUCCAGUUGACGCAGAACGUCGAGGACGGCAGGAAAAAGGCAGACCCGUACUUCUCCGCACGGACCGGCCAGCCCGUGACGCUCGACCCUCCGUCCAACAGGAAGGAUCUGCCACCGUUGUGUAUUACACUCGUCAAGAGCGAGAGUAUUCCGUCCGCGCACUGUGUCCUCAGCACACUAUCUAUUUCCACACCCUCUGCGCCACCCGUCAUCUUUCAUCACUUGCUGUAUUAUUCCUGGCCCGACCACGGCGUACCAGAACCGGAAGACAGAACAGGCCUGCUCAACUUCGUCCGGCUAGUCGACCGCAUUAAUGCCGACACCUCAUCACUAUCAAACGAGCCCGCAUCGUCGUCGGACGGCCCCCCGCCUAUUAUGGUGCACUGUUCCGCAGGCGUAGGCCGAACGGGCUCCUUCAUCGCCCUCUGCUCCCUCAUGCGCGCACACGGCAUGCUCGGCCCGAGACCGCCCAACUCCACACCCUCAUCCGGCGUACAACCACCUACGCCGUCACCCUUGGACCCGAUGCCAGCAGAGAUAGCCGGGGACGAGAUAGCCCAGGAGAUCGACUCGCUGAGGGAACAACGCCCUGGCAUGGUCCAAAGACCCGAGCAAGCCGUGCUCGUGUACGAGGUCCUGUACUCUGCCUUCAUGUCUCGCGCAGAAGCCGCGAAUAGCCGGCCUGCUACUGCUCCUCGUCCCCAGCUACGGAGGCAUCAUACGACAUAG